GUGUGGAGAGGAAAUGAUGAAGAAGCAGCAGCUUUGUUAGCCACAGGAUGUGGAAGUUCAGCUCCUGAUCCUGUUGUUGCUCCAAACAAUGUGAUAACUACAGUAUUUCAGUCUCAGGAUGCUCCUGCACCAGGCUUCUCUGCAUCUUUCAUAAGCCGAUGUGGAGUAAAUUUCACCAGCUCUGCAGGUCGUAUUGUCUCUCCUAACUACCCCAGUCAGUAUGAUAACAAUCUGAACUGCAGUUACGUCAUAGACCAGGGACCACAGUCACUGGUGAUCCUAGAGUUUGAGAGUUUUCAGUUGGAAGGUAACUGAAUGUGUCUUUAUGAUGGACUGAGCAUCUUCAGUGGGAUGAGCAUUACGGCACGUCCUCUCAUCACGCUCUGUGGUAAUGAGCUCCCUGCCCCAGUCAGUGUCUUUGGACCUGUGCUGCUCAACUUCUACACUGACUCCCACAUUGUAGGCUUUGGAUUCCAGGCAACAUACAGAACAAUUGCUUGUGGUGGCAUUUUUAAUAGUUCUGUUGGUGUUAUCAGCAGCCCAGCCCAUUCAGUUUUUGAUUAUCACAACAACAUGAACUGCUCAUACUACAUCACAGUCGGAAAUGGCAAAGUAGUGGCCCUCAAAUUCAACAGCUUUGAGCUUGAAAUAUCUCCCUCCUGCUACAAAGAUUAUGUAGCAGUAUAUGAUGGCUUGGAUACCCAUGCUCCUCUCCUUGGGAAAUUCUGUGGCUCAGAACUACCUCCGAAUAUUAAGAGCUCCAGUAACAAUUUAUUCCUCGUGUUUAGCACUGACUUCUAUGGAGCAGACAGGGGAUGGAAAGCAUCUUUCAGGGAGACCUUAGGACCUCAGAAUGGCUGUGGUGGUUACUUGACAACUCCAGCUUAUACCUUUGGCCCUCCAGUCUCCAAUGUGACCAGAAGAUAUGUGAAAAAUCUGGACUGUGUAUGGAUCAUAACUGCACCUGUAAACAAACUGAUCAACCUCACAUUCACUUCAUUCAUGCUUGAAGCACCAUCUGCUCAGAUUUGUCGAUAUGAUUAUGUCAAACUUUAUGAUGGAGAUAAUGAAAAUGCCAAUUUAGUUGGCACGUACUGUGGAUCUACCAUGCCAGCUCCUUUUCUUUCUACCCGUAAUUCCUUGACUGUGAAACUUGUAACAGACAAUUCUGUGGAAAGGGAGGGUUUCAAUGCUACCUAUGCCACAGUGGAACGCCUGUGUGGAGGAAUAUAUAAUGCAACUUCUACAUCCCUGACUGCAGUGUCUCCUAACUUCCCAAAUGAAUACCCACCAUUUACUCUCUGUACUUGGGUCAUUGAUGCCCCUCCACAACAGCAAGUCAGGGUGGUGGUAGAGGCCUUCCACCUCCAUUCCAACCAGGACUGCUCUCAGAACUACCUGGAGCUCCGGGAUUCACUAACACAUAGCCAAGGAUCAGUCCAUAGAUUCUGUGGCACUGAAACUUUUCCUGUCCCUGAAUUUUAUUCUUAUGAUCGCACUGCCAUUGUGACUUUCAAGUCAGAUGAAUAUAUGACUAACAAUGGAGUCAGAUUUUCCUAUCAAGCAACAGGUUGCAGCAGAGAGUAUAACCAGGCAUUUGGUUACCUGAAGAGUCCUGGCUGGCCUGGUCGUCACCCCAAUAAUAUGGACUGUACUAUCAUUCUACGAGCUCCCCUGAAUCACACAGUAUCUCUCUUUUUCCAUGCUUUCAAUUUGGAAGACAGCAUCCGGUGUACACGUGAUUUCCUAGAGGUCAGAAAUGGGAGUGAUGUGCAAUCACCACUGCUCGGCAGGUUCUGUGGAAACACUGUGCCAAGCCCCAUCUUUCCCCAAAAUCAUGUUGUCUACCUUCGUUUCAAGAGUGAUUUUGCAGGGGCUCAUGAUGGAUAUGAAAUUACUUGGACUUCAUCAUCCAGUGGAUGUGGGGGAACACUAUAUGGAAUCACUGGCUCAUUUGCCAGUCCCAGCUACCCAGCAACUUACCACAACACUACAGACUGUGAGUGGACCAUUACAGUGCCCAGGGGACGAAUUGUCACAGUGAACUUUGAUUUCAUCAGCAUUGAUGACCCAGGAGAUUGCAGUAGCAACUAUCUGAUCCUCUACAAUGGGCCAGAUGCCAACUAUCCCCCCGCUGGGCCAUACUGUGGGAUGGACACAAACAUCGCUCCAUUUACUGCUACAUCUCAUCAAGUCUUUAUAAAAUUUCAUGCCGAAUAUGUGACUCUACCAUCAGGAUUCCAGCUAAGCUGGACAAGCUAGAACACUGUUUAUGAGAAAUAUAUUACCAUUCCUUGCUAUACUGAAGAGACUUUAGGUCCUAAAGGAGGUUUG